ACAACCACUUGAGAUCCUUUUUCACAUUCCACUGCCUUCCCAACUCAUAGUCUGAAUUAUUGGAUGCUUAAAAAAUAGUGCCUACUUCUUCAACUUUCUCUAAUUUUGCAGAUUCCAUUUCCCUUUCUUUCCUUUUUUGUUCCCUGACUUUCCAUUUUGGCUUUGUUCAUUUCUCUCCUCGUCUUCUUCCUCAUAAUUCCACCAUGUCUGUCAUUGGAGAGGCUGCUCUUUCUGGGUUCCUGGACCUGUUGUUGAGCAACUCGCUCGACUCUGCACUCAAAUUUGUUGCUAAUCACAACCAACUCCACCAGCAGCUCAAGCAGUGGCAGUCCAUAUUGCCUGAUAUCCAAGCAGUGUUGGACGAUGCAGAGGAGAAGCAGAUCAAGAACAUGGGUGUGAAGAAAUGGUUGGAGGAUCUCCAGGACUUGGCUUACGACGUGGAUGACAUCUUGGAUGAGUUCGCUUAUGAAGAGUUACGUCUGAAGCUCAAGAAAUCGCAAGCUCAAGCCAGCACUAGCAAGGUACGGAAACUCAUUCCUACCUGCUUUACUGGUACUAGUUUCGCUCCCACUUCUUUCCUGUUUAAGAAUUCCAUGAUUCCGAAGGUGAAAGAGAUCACUGCUAGACUGAAUAGUUUGACUACUCGAAGAAGUAGUUUGGGGUUGAGUGAGAUCUUGUCUCAAGCUCCAACCUCCAAGGGAAAGCAACCUAGGCUGCAACCAACUUCCGUACUGGAUGGAGUUGUGGAGUAUGUUGGCAGACACAAGGAGAAGACAGAAAUGAUUGAGUUUCUCAAAGGUGAUAACUCCAACGGAGUUUCAGUCCUUUCCAUCGUCGGCAUCGGAGGGAUGGGUAAAACAACUCUUGCCCAGCUUGUUUACAAUGAUGCCACCAUCAACCAGUCUUUUCACCACAGGGCCUGGGUAUGCGUUUCUGAUAAUUUUGAUGCAAUUGCUAUAACAAAGGCAAUUUUACAGUCCAUCACUUCUGAGUCAUGUGAUUACAGUAACUUGGAUUUACUUCAAGUUAAGUUGAAGGAGAAAUUGUCUGGGAAAAGAUUCUUGCUUGUUUUAGAUGACAUUUGGAACGAGAAUUAUAAUGAUUGGACCAUCUUACGGUCUCCGUUUGGAGCAGGGACCCAUAUCAUUGUAACCACUCGUCUUCAAAUUGUUUCAUCUAUUGUGGAUCCGCUCAAAGCUUUUCAUUUGGAUAAACUAUCGGAUGAUGAUUGUUUAUCCAUAUUUACACAGCAUGCAUUAAAAGCAAGAAAUUUCGAUGGACAUCUCCAGUUUAAAGAAAUUGGAGAGAAAAUUGUUAGAAGGUGCAAUGGCUUACCUUUGGCUGCAAAAGCCAUUGGAAGCUUGCUUCGCACGGUUGAAUAUCAUGGAAAAUGGGAAAGGAUAUAUGAGAGUGAGAUAUGGAACUUACCAGAAGAGCAGUGUGGCAUAAUUCCAGCUUUGCGAUUAAGCUACCAUCAUCUUCCGUCGUACUUGAAACGAUGUUUUGCAUAUUGCUCCAUACUUCCUAAAGAUUAUGAAUUUGAGGAAGAAGAAAUUAUCUUGUUAUGGAGAGCAGAAGGUCUCUUGCAACAAAAAGUUAUGCCUCAAAUUAAAGAUCUCGGAAAUCAAUAUUUUCAAGAUCUAGUGUCGAGGUCAUUUUUUCAGACAUCCGGUAAAGAUAAGUCCCGAUUCGUAAUGCAUGACCUUAUCAAUGAUUUAGCUCAAGUAGUUGCAGGGGAAAUAUGCUCAAAAUUAGAGGGUGAUAAGAAAUGGAAGUUCUCAAAUCGCACUCGACAUUCUUCUUAUAUUGCUGGAAGAUAUGACACAGUGAAGAAGUUUGAAGCAUUUGAUCAAGUGAAAUCUUUACGUACUUUUUUACCCUUAAUGUUUUCUAGUAAUUAUUAUCCGGGGCCUUAUUUAACUAAUGUUGUUUUGGUUGAUUUGUUGCCAAGACUAGGCUACUUAAGGGUGCUUUCUUUGAGUAGGUAUACCAUCACUGAGUUGCCUGAUGUUUUUGAAAAUUUAAAACAUCUUCGGUACUUAAAUUUUUCUUACACCCAUAUCAAAUGGCUACAUGACUCUUUGUGCACUCUUUAUCAUUUGGAAACUUUAUUAUUGAGACGGUGUCGGGAGCUUCAAAGGUUACCUUCAAAGAUGGAAAAUCUUGUCAACUUGCAUUAUCUUGAUAUCAGAGGCGCGGACUCAAUAGAAAGGAUUCCUUUUAGAAUUGAUAAGCUAACGAAACUUCAAAGGUUAACUGAUUUUAUAAUAGGGGAAGGUGAUGGUUGUUAUAUUAGAGGUUUGAAAUAUUUGUCAAACCUCAAAGGUGAUUUCCGUCUUUCUGGGUUGGAGAAUGUUAAUGGUGAAGAUGCAGGGGAAGCCAAGUUAAAUGAGAAGCAGGGGAUUCAGCGAUUGGUAUUGCAUUGGAGUGAAAAUUUUGAAAAGGCUUCAAGGAAUAAGGAAGUUGAAGAAUGGGUGUUGGACUCUCUUCGUCCUCCAAAAAAGCUUGAGCAACUCGUCAUUGAGAAUUAUGGUGGUGCAAAAUUCUCCACUUGGAUUGCAGAUUCUUCCUUCGAAAAUAUGUUGUCAUUGGAGCUUCGCAAUUGUAAAAAUUGCAAAUCUCUACCAUCGAUUGGAAGGCUGUUGUUGUUAAAAGAUCUUUCAAUUAGUGGUUUGGAUCAAGUACACAAGAUUGGUGCUGAGUUGUAUGGAGAAAAUCAAUCAAAUGCUUUUGCAUCAUUAGAGUCUCUGUGUUUUGACAAUAUGCUGAAUUGGGAGGAGUGGGACCUAUGUGAAGAUGAUGAGCAAGUAUCGAAAUUUCCAAGCCUUCGUAAGCUUUCAAUUAAAAGAUGUCCUGUAUUGUUGGGAAGGUUGCCAACCAUCCUUCAAUCCUUGAAGAAACUUGUAAUCUCUGAGUGCUCAAGGUUGGUAGCUUCAAUUUCAAGUUUUCCCUUGCUGUGUAAAUUAAGGGUUAAAGGGUGUGAAGAAUUGGUGGAUGGAGGUUCUUUGUCUGUACAGAAGGUUACCUCCUUGAAAGAUGUGUCUCUUUCAAAUAUUUCAAAUUUUAAUAUUUCAGCAGAGAAGAUAAUGUUGAGAUUUGGAAACUCCGAAACAUUCUACAUCUCUGAUUGGAAGGAGUUGGGAUCUUUAUCGCAAAUUGGGUUAAGAUUAGUCGGGCAUCGUUUUAUUUGGAUUGCGGGUUGUCCCCAGUUGGUCUCUUUGGAAACAGAGGAGGAGGGAUUGCAACUUGACAAGAUUCCAGGUGUUGAUUCUCUGAUAAUAGAUAAUUGUGAAAGGCUCAAUAAACUGCCAGAAGCCUUACAUGCUUUCCCUUUGAUUACAAGAAUACAACUUGAAAUCUGUCCAGGCUUGGUUUGUUUUGCAGAGAGUAACUUUCCUCCUGCUUUAAAAGAGCUGAGGAUUGGGAAUUGCGUGAAUUUGCAAUAUUUGGUUGAUGAAAAAGAAAAUAAUAAUAAGAGUAUGAGUAGCAACACUUGUCUUCUUGAGCGCUUGGAAAUAAGCAACUGUCCAUCUCUAAUAUGGUUAUCAUCAAGGGGCGAUAUAUGCAAUCGGCUUCAACAUCUCGAAAUUGAAAGUUGUUCAAAGCUAAGUAGGUUAUUUUUAAACGCCAAGUUACCCGUAAUGCUUAAACAGCUAUUUAUUGGGGAGUGUCCAGUGUUGGAAUGCAUAGCCCAAGACUUCCUUGAAACCACUGAUCUCGAAAGCAUUCGUAUUUGGGGUACUGGAAAUUUUAAAUCAUUACCGCGGGGAUUAGACAAGCUCAGCCAUCUUCAGGAGAUUCAAUUAAAUUUGUGUCCAAAUCUGGUUUCAUUUGAAGAAAGUGGGUUGCCCACCACAAAUCUCAGAGUUCUCUCAAUUAUGGUUUGUGAAAAUUUUAGAGCCCUUCCCAAGUGCAUCAACAACUUCACCUCCCUUCAAGAAUUAUCGGUGUGGGAGUGUUGUUGAAAAUGGCCAACCAUGCUGCUAUUAUGUUUUGUUAAAAUGCAUGGUACUAUGAUGAUUCUGUUGAAUGCAUACUGCUUGUAUGCAUGUUGCAGCAUUUGUGCAUGUUGCAGCAACAUAUUUUCUGUUUUAGUUGCAAUUUAAUUUAGUUUGGUUGAGAAUGAACUUUGAUGUUGAUGUUUUGAUGGGUUGGUUGAGCUGAUAAGUCAGCUUAUCCAUGUGUACAAGCAAUGUUUUUAAAGUUACUAGGCUACUUAGUGGUAUUAGGUAGUAAUAACUGAUGUAGUUGGCUAUAAAUGUAUUGUUUUUCUUAUUGAAAAAUUAAGCAUAUCAGUUGUAAGGCAGAUUGCUUCCUUGCUGCACGUUUGUGAGCAAGUAAAUUGUUUUUGUUUCUUCCUCCUUGCUGCUGCCAUUGUUCCAACAAAUGGUAUCAUGAGCCUAAGUCUUAAGGGACCAUUGAUUUUGCUUCCCCUGCUCAACAUCGGCUCAAACUUAUGAGACCUCCAAACAAGCUUGAAUAAGCUAAAGGAGGAGUUUCAAGGAAAGGUGUGAGCUUUCCAAAUGUGCAAGCUUAGCAAGAUGUCAAAGCUGCAAGCUUAGCAAAGUGCGAGCCUGUUGAAGACACCUGUUGAAGACAAUAUGCAAAGAUGUGAGUCUGUCAAAGGUGUGAGUUCAGCAACAUGUGGAAGCUCAAUGUGUGUUGAAUAGUUGCAAGCCUAUUGAAGACAGUAAGCAAAGUGUGAGCCUGUCGAAUUGCAAGCCAAAAUGGCAGAAUGAAGGCAAGCAAACUAUACUCACGAACUGUUUGUGCAAGAAGAAGCAAAGAAACAAGGCAAGAUGUGUUGUCAACCAAGGCUGUGAAGGAGGAGAAGACUCCAUUUGGUGAACAAAUCUUUGACACAAAAGACUGGGAUAGUCAAGUGUGUAAGUCAGAUUUGUUGUUUGUGAAUGAGGCCAAGGUUGAAAAUGAAUUGGUCAGCUUGAAUCAAAGCAUCUAAGAGCUGCCAAGUUCAAAAAACUUGAUGAAUGACUGGUAUUUGCAGCAUGGAGUCCAAGGAGGAGUGUUGAAAAUGGCCAACCAUGCUGCUAUUAUGUUUUUGUUAAAAUGCAUGGUACUAUGAUGAUUCUGUUGAAUGCAUACUGCUUGUAUGCAUGUUGCAGCAUUUGUGCAUGUUGCAGCAACAUAUUUUCUGUUUUAGUUGCAAUGUAAUUUAGUUUGGUUGAGAAUGAACUUUGAUGUUGAUGUUUUGAUGGGUUGGUUGAGCUGAUAAGUCAGCUUAUCCAUGUGUACAAGCAAUGUUUUUAAAGUUACUAGGCUACUUAGUGGUAUUAGGUAGUAAUAACUGAUGUAGUUAGCUAUAAAUGUAUUGUUUUUCUUAUUGAAAAAUUAAGCAUAUCAGUUGUAAGGCAGAUUGCUUCCUUGCUGCACGUUUGUGAGCAAGUAAAUUGUUUUUGUUUCUUCCUCCUUGCUGCUGCCAUUGUUCCAACAAGUGUUCGGCUGACGUAUCCUUUCCAGAAGAGGGUUUUCCUGCCAAACUCACAUCACUUGAAAUCUCAAACGCACCCAGAAUUUAUACAUCACUUGUUGAAUGGGGAUUUAACAGACUCACCUCUCUUCAGCAACUCAACAUCAGCGGUGAAGGAUGCUCACGUGUGGUGUCAUUUCCAGAAGAAGCGAUGGGAAUGAUGCUGCCUCCUUCUCUCACCAAUAUCAGUAUCCGUAGAUUUGAAAAUUUGGAAUUCAUGUGCUCCAAGGGCUUACAACACCUCACCUCUCUUCAACAAUUGGGCAUCUAUGAUUGUCCUAAGCUCGCCUCUCUUCCAGAAAAAGAUAUGCUUCUCUCGCUUGAGCGUCUUGAUAUUCACCGUUGCCCGUUGCUAGAAGGGUGCAGUAGGGGUAAAGGACGAGAGUGGUCCAAGAUUUCCCGCAUACCUUGUGUUCUAAUUGAUAUUGAAACAGUCAUCCCGAGGUUUUGAAAUUUAAGCAGCAAAAUCUGGUAUCGAUUUCUCUACACUCAAACCACAGGCAUUGAAGGCUAAAUUGGCGAAAAAUAGUGAACUUCAACUCAUCUGCUUCAGCUUAUUUGAUUUAGUAAAGCGUACUAUUAACCAAUGGUUUUUCAGAAGAACAAGUCUUUUACGUGAUAGUUUGAUCCUUCCAGGAUUAAUGGAGGGAUACAGUACACAUUACAACAUGGCAUUAGAAAUCUCAAUUUAACACAUGUAAGACGACAGAGUUCCCAAAAUAUUGUUCUGUCCAAUCUCAAAGAUGUCCAUCUUAGUUUUCCGAAUUUCUCAGACCAUGAAUCCAUUCAAAGUUUGUGGAUAGUUAUUGGCGAGGUAUUUUAUUGUAUGAUGUAAUUUCAUUGUAAUCUCUAAUUUUUAGUAGUCAAUUUCGUUUUUAGUUCUGCCGAUGUAUGGAAUAUUCCCGAACCACGUAUAUCAUUGUGUUUACCUUCUCUA